CUAUCGUUAGUCUUUCUCUGAUCGCCCCGAUGAUUUAAUUUAAGCUACAAGUUAACGCACUGUUUGUUCUGAAAUUCCCACGCGAAGUGAAUUUUCUCUUGGAUAUUCAAAUUCAAACGAAUGUUAUACAAAUGAUUGCUAACAGCUAAUUACAAAAUCAAAUAGAAAUAUGUAUUAAAAAAAAAUUACUUGAGUUUUAGUAAAAAUUAAUAUCUACAUAUCUACAACAAUAGCGAGUUAACGAAAUCAAUUCUAUUGAAAAUAUAAAACGAAUACAAAAAGUUAAAUCGGAAAUGAAACAACAACGGUAGUGAAUAAAGUUAAAAGAAAUAAACGAAAUUAUAAAAUUACGUACAUAUGUAUGUACAUAAGUGCGAAUUAAUUAAAAAGCAAAAUUAAAUGGAUAUUUGAGUUUCAAAAAGUAUGCUUUUGGGUACAUAUGAGCAACACAACGGAAUAGAAGUGAUUCAUGCUUGUGCUCGAAAUAGUCGAUUAGCGAAGAAAAGCAGAUACAGUGAAGAAAUUCGCUGGCGUUCAUACACAAAAAAAAAAUUAAAUUAAAUAAAAAUAUAUCAUGUGCCUUCUAGCUUAUAGUCAACACAUAUCAAAAUACAUAUGCGUUUAGAUAUCAGCGAUCUACAUAAAACAAAAAAAAAAAUUAUACAUAAAUACAGAGAGAGAGAGAGAUUGAGAUACUUAUUAGAUAAAAAGUGUGAAAAUCAUUGAAAGUGAUUAGCGCACAAGAAAGACACAAAACGAAAAUUUUAAACGAAAAAAAAAAACAAAAUAUUAGCAAGCAAGGAAAAUCUGCAAAACGGAUAAGCGACUCAUAGAAAUUCAGAACCAACGAACGGAAGAAAUCUCCGUAGAUUAUUCGAAAACGAUCUGGCGUAGAUAAAAAGCAACGAACAACGACGAUCAAAGAACGGUCCAGUGCAAGAGGAAGGCGGCAUACAAUACAACCAGCAGCAAUAGAUGCACAUACGGCACCACCAACGAAAUAACUAAAUGGGAAUACAAUAGAAUCGACAAACCAAGAACCAAGGAACCCAAAAAUUCAAAACUAAAAACUGAAAAUUGCGACACAAGUGACGCAAGCAAAAUCUAGAGCAUAUGUAAUAUCAUUUUAGCGGGAUUUCAGAACUGCGUUGCGUUAGACAAAUACACAUUUACCGCGCUUCUUCCGGUGCGAUUACGAUCCUAACGAACGAAAUCAAAACGAUCUGCGAAUUAUUAAUCAAGUAAUAAAAACAAAGCAGCUGAACUGAAUUCUGAACACAUACGCUAACGAUCGACAAAAACGGAGUAAGGAAGAAUUUGGAAGACAGUCAAUUUCAAAUAAAAACGACUCAAGAAAUAUUCUUCACACACUUACACCGUAAAUGAGGCCAUUUGCCAUUCAAAAAUAUACCAUGUAUAUAAAGCAACAAAUAUAAUUAAAUUGUAUUUAGAUUUGUAAUGCAAAUUACUUUGUGAUAUUUAAAAACUAAAACACUCAUUUUAAUUGAACUGAAUAUUCAUGAUUAUUAGUUGUAUUGAAAAAAAAAAUAUUGUGUUGGAAAAACCAAAGAUUUUUUAUAGUUUCAAAGAAACUUUAAUUAAAAUUACAUACAUACAUAUAUUGUAUAAAAAUUAGUGUUGUGAACAAUCACUUAACGCAAACAGUGUAAAACUCAUAAACAAAUACAAAAAUAUAUUAAAUACAAACAAAAAAUUGAAAUGGCUGAAAAAGUGGAUCAAACACAAGCGACACAACAGCUGAACAAUCAACAUAAUGAUGCACGCAAAAUACGUAAAUCGCCAGAUUUUCAGCCAAUGGCCAAUAUAACACCUGGUGCCAUACUCAGAGAACGCAGCUUUGUGCGCACCUCCAAUCAACAGAAUAUUAACAAAAGGCGCAGUCUCGCUUUCAAUGUACAAACUGCUGCAAAUCAACAUGGACAAAUGCGUGGAAAACCUGCCAUAGACAUAUAUAGACCACCGAAUGUUCGCAACGAUGGCGCCAUUUCGCCGGCGGCCUUGAACAAGUUAAACAUUCAUGCCCAGGAGUUCACAAUGGGUGCCACGAACACAAGACGUACUACACCUCCACGUGCAGACGCUCGUUCAUCAGCAGUCAUCUAUCCUGGAUCAUCUUCGCCACAAGGUUUGAUCCCACAAUCCAAAUCAUCGGUGGCUUUGCAUCAGCAAAUGCAGUUUAUGGCAGCCACAAAUGCGAUGGCUAAUCGUCGGCAGGCUGGACUUUCGCUCGGCAGUAUGCCAAUAUCGAAUAAUGCCAUGGGCGGCGCCAAGAUGCAUCACGUCGGUGCGCAUCGUCCGAUUUGGGUCACACAUUCUCAUCCGAUGGCUGUGAAUCGUUACUCAGGUGGUGUAUCGCAGCAAAUUCCGCUAAUUAAUUCACCAUCCAGUGGCAAUAUAUUACAUCAAACAGCCAAUACGAAUCGCGUGAAAUUCGCCAAUGAACCGCAGAAGCAUCACAGUCAUAAGAAUGGACAGAAUCACCUCAAUCAUGACUAUCAACAGCAGCAACAGCAAUUGAAUGCCAUGUCACAGUAUGCGGCGGCAAAUGGCAUCAAUACAGACUCGUACAUAAAUGUUAGUCCCCUGCAACGUUCCAAAUCAUUGUCUUCCGCCGAUGCGCUAACACGUGGCAUUGCCGGCCUGGGCUUGGCCUUGGGCAAUGAGGUCACUGACAUCGGUCAAUUCACGCCGGAGAUACAGGCACUGAUCGACACUGCUCUGGAGGAUCCCAACAAGUUAAAUUCGCGUGCGCUUAUGGAACUGACGUCACACUUCAUAAAACGCGCUGUUGAAGGCCGCCGCUAUGCUUUGCCCAUCUCGCGCUUGUGCCUUAAUAUAAUAGCUAAGGAGCAGAAGGAGACCUUCUUGGAAGCAUUAUUGAAUACAUGCCGACAGUGGUAUCAGGAGCGUGAAAAGCUAUUAUACUCCAUACAAGGCAUGAAAUCACCUUCACGUCUGCGCUUUACCGCCUUCAUGGCUUUCCUAACUGAAAUGUUCUGCCAGCUGAAACGUCGCCAGUUACAAUUACGCACCCAAUGCGAAGGAGCUCCGCCGCCUCUGGUCCUAUUGACUUUGCUCUCAAAAUGUUGCGAAGACUGUGUCAAACCACCUGUUCGUUCACUAUCCGAGAUCGAAUGUCUUUUUUAUGUUCUCACCUGCAUCGGACUGGAUAUGGAAGUGCAGCUGCCACAGCAGUUGGAAUUGCUGUUGUCGAUGGUGCGUGAUGCUUUCUUGAAUGCAAGUGACGCUGCACCAGCUAUUCGUCGUACUUUAUUGCAAUUAAUUGAGCUACAGGCGUCACACUGGCAAUUACCCGGAAACACUGUCUUAUACUACUAUCCAUCGGCUAAGUAAUAAGGCCAGUUGCUUGUCUGCAUAUUAACUAUAAUAGACUCUAUCUACACUGACAUACUCGUCAACUCUCUUGAAACUGAUGAAAAAAUAGGCUUUGUAUUACUGCUCAGUUCCCACAAUUUCUUAUGCACUCAAUCAUUUCAAUUUUUUCUUGUACGAGUAUUUUAUGUAGCUGGUGGCAAUUCAAAACAACGUAUGAUAUGAAGUUGUGCACUUUUUUAAUAAUUUUAAUUUACUUACUAUAAAAUGAGACAAUAAUAUUUUUUGUGAAAGCAUUUACUAAGAAGGAUGCGAGUAUCCAGAUGUGUUGCUUCGUAGAAGAAAGUCAACCUUAGUAAUAAAUUUAGGCUGAAAGUAUGAAUAUAUUAAUCGUAAUUUGAGACAAAAAGUACUAACCGUAAAUGAUAGUCAU